AUGGUCUCCCUCAAGUCGAUUCUCGCCGCUGCGGCCUAUGUCGCGACGGUCGGAGCUGUCAACAUCAAGGUAUCUAACUCGGAUGGAAAUGCCACAAGUGGCCAUCAAUAUGGCUUCCUCCACGAAGACAUCAAUAACUCUGGAGAUGGUGGAAUCUAUGCUGAACUCAUCCGCAACCGAGCUUUCCAGUACAGCAACAAGUACCCUGUCUCUCUAGACGGAUGGCACUCGGUCAAUGGCGCCCAACUAUCUCUAAACCGUCUCAAGGAACCACUUUCCGAUGCCCUUCCCGUGUCUUUGAACGUCAAGGCCGGAAGCAAGAAGGAAAAGUCCAUUGGUUUCUUCAAUGACGGCUACUGGGGAAUGGAUGUGAAGAAGCAGACUUAUACAGGCUCUUUCUGGGUCAAGGGUGCCUACAAGGGAAAGUUCACCGCCUCGCUGCAGUCUAACCUCACCAAGGAUGUUUUUGGCUCUGUUGAUAUCAAGUCCAAGUCCGUUGCCAAUGACUGGACUGAGCACAAGUUUGAGCUCAUCCCCAAGAAGGAUGCUCCCAACAGUAACAACACUUUUGCCAUCACCUUCAACUCCAAGGGCGUCUCUGGCGGGUCUCUUGACUUCAACCUGAUCAGUCUAUUCCCUCCUACUUACAAGGGCCGUAAGAACGGACUGAGAAUCGACAUUGCCGAGGCUCUUGAGGGCCUGCAUCCUAGCCUGCUUCGCUUCCCCGGCGGCAACAUGCUGGAGGGAUCAACCAACAAGACCUGGUGGGACUGGAAGGACACUCUUGGCCCUCUUCGUUACCGAAAGGGUUUCGAGGGUGUCUGGGACUACCAGCAGACCCACGGUCUUGGUCUCGUGGAGUACCUUGAAUGGGCUGAGGAUAUGCAACUGGAGAUUGUGGUUGGCGUCUACGCGGGCUUGGCCCUUAAUGGCGAUGUCACCCCCAAGGAAGACUUCCAGGCCAUCAUCGACGACGCCCUCGACGAAAUCGAGUUCAUUCGCGGCCCUGCUGACUCCAAAUGGGGCAAGCGUCGAGCCGAACUUGGUCACCCAGAGCCAUUUAAGCUUCAUUACGUCGAGAUUGGAAACGAAGACUGGUUGGCGGGUUAUCCCGGUGGAUGGACGAGUUACAAGGAGUACCGCUUCCCCAUGUUCCUCAAGGCCAUCACCGACGCCUACGAUGACAUUACCGUCAUUUCUUCUGGCGCGACUAGUGAUGGCGAUGGCUUUGACAUUCCUGCUCCUGGAAUUGGUGACUAUCACCCUUACCGCACGCCUAAUGCCCUGGUCGACGAGUUCGACCGGUUUGACAACGACAUUGGCCACAUCGUCGGAGAAGUCGCUGCCACUCAUCCCAACGGUGGAAUUGGCUGGGACGGUGAUUUAAUGAAGUUUCCUUGGUGGAUAGGAACCGUUGGCGAGGCUGUGUCUCUGAUCGGCUACGAGAGAAAUGCUGAUCGCAUUCCUGGAACCUUCUACGCCCCUGUCCUCCGCAACAUGAACCGCUGGCAGUGGGCUGUCACCAUCGUUCAGUUCGCCGCAGACCCCGCUAUGACAACACGUUCCACUAGUUGGUACGUAUGGGAGCUCUUUGCUGCCCAUCCCAUGACCCAUACUCUGCCUGCGUCCGCCGACUUCGACCCUCUCUUCUAUGUUUCUGGAAAGAACGAGGACGAAGGCACAUUCAUUUGGAAGGGUGCCGCCUACAACACUACUAAGGGAGCCGACGUGCCUGUCUCUCUGUCUUUCGAAGGUGUUGAGGCUGGUGCCGAGGCCGACCUCACCUUGUUGACAAACGCCAAGGACGACCCCUUUGCCUACAACGACCCCCACACUGGUGUCAACAUUGUGAACAGCACAAGUAUCGUACUCGAAGCUGAUAAGGAUGGAAUCUUCAAGUUCAGCCUCCCAGAGCUGAGUGUUGCUGUCUUGGAGACCAAGUCGACAGGAAAGAGCUUGAGAAAGCGGCCAUGUGUCAUUGGAACAUAG